ACAGCCAGGUUGGCCGCGAGAGAACUGGAGCGUAGCACCACCAAAUCACAAUGGCUUUUAACAGACCGGCAAUUAUCCAGCCAUACGUGCUUGACCCCUUGUCAGACCCAGACGCCGAACAAGAGGAAGAGGAGGCACCUAGAUCCCCACGAAUACCAAAACCGGUAUCUGAAUGGUGCCGAUGCGGGAACUGUGGUGCAAUGCCUACUGAACACGAGAGCUUGUGCUGUCAGGAGGUCCCAGAGGUCACAAGGCGCAUGGAGCAGGUGGAGGGCACUCAGCCUCAGUGUGUUAUCGACCAUCCUGGAUUUUAUGCCACGUCCCUCAAUGUGUAUGUGCUUCAAGCCAUGUACAACAUCUACAGAGCAGAUCAUGGACCAGUACGGCUACGGGGCAUAGAGCACCGUUACAGAUAUCUGGCGUACAGGAUGUUUGUCAGUUGGUGUUGGGGAUUCCUUGGGCGCCACAUAAGAGUCGUGGUUCCAUCAUGUGUCGUCCUGCGUGUUCGUCGGGAGUUUCCAGAUAGUCAACAGCAAUACAUGGGCUUCAGACUGCCUCCCCUGCGUUGA